CUUUGGAACAAAGUCAAAAUUCAACCAACUCCUUACUGAGAGCUCGGGCUGAGGUGGGAGGGUUGUCUGCAGUUUCCACGAACUCAGUGAAGACUGGUGCCGAUGAAGGUGAUGAUACUUUUCCUCAUGGAUUUGCACAUGCUGCAUGCCAGCAGCACACUGUCGUUCACCUCCAGCAUGCUCCUGGCCAAUCAAGUCUCAGAGAGCUGAGAACAACUCAGCCGGUUUUCUGUGCUCAAGUGGAUGUAAUACAGGAAUGUUAAAUGGACUAUGAAGAACACAGAAACCUCUUUAAUUCACAGUUGCACAACUUAAGAAACAACAAUGGAUUUAAGAUCUUAAUUAAGAAAACUGGACACGGUAUUACAAGAUGCAAUCUUGCCAACACCUUCUAUAGUUGCAGCAAGAGUUCUGAAUUUGAAAACUCCAACCCCCUGGCAAUAGAGGCUUAAAGAAGAGAGGUGCAAGAUAAGCGUGCUGAGUUACUGAGAGGCAAGCAAAACACGUGAAGAGUGAAGCCCUUGGUAAUCCUAAUUGGAGACACAAUGAGACAACACGUUCACUCUGCCCUGAGCCCUCACAGUUCCUCUGCUGUCACUGUGUAGCACGUUCGGCCAAAGAAAAAUUAUGGCAGUUGUCGAAACACAGAUGGUCAGUUCAGACCUGGAUCCUGAUGAGGAUUUGGAUGAACAAGGUGAAGACAUUUUCAGUCAAAUGGAUGAGAAUGGGAUCAUUGGAUUGGAUGAAAUCAAUGAGUAUUACCGGCAGUACCAUCCACGAUUGGAGGAUGGCUUGGAAACUGUGGAGGAAGAUGGAGAGGUGACUGAGCUCAAAGUGUUUCCUCCUCACAAUAAAUUAAGUAGCCCCCAAGAGUCUUUGGAUGAUGAGAGUUUUAAUAUCAGUGAUUACCAGGAUUCAGACCCUGCUUUCUUGUCCAUGUCUGCAGAUGAAGAUGAAAGUCUCAGUCAUUUAAUUUAUGAAUCCGAGCCACAGGAUGCAGAUGGGAUUCUCAAUGUUCGGGUUUCAAAAUCUCACUGGCAUCCUGUAAGGGACAAUCAACUUGACAUGACUGAAGAUGAAAAGGAGCAGGGUAGCUUUCGCUUUCCAAGUGAUGUUGGUACCAGCAAGGAGGAGGACAGUUUCGAGGAGUACUCUGAUUUGCCAUAUGACGAGCAAAUUGAGGAGUCUAAUCCAUGCCCGAGAGACUCAUGGCACAGAUACGAAGUCUAUAACAAAGCACAAAGUAUAUUGGAUCGUGGGGAUGAUUUUUCAGUGCCAAGUAUACGGGACCACACAGAUAAACUUUCUGAUCAGUCUGACGAAAGCAUCACUUACUCAAAAACUCAGGGUAAAGGUUCUAGUCCAUCAGCACAGGAUUGUUAUUCUGAGGACUUUGAAGCAACCUAUUCCAAUAAUGUAGACAUUUUAGAUUUGUCACAUGAUAGCAAAACAAUAGGGUCUGAUGGUGAGGUUAGAAAGGAGAAGCAAGACAACUCUUCAUUUAAUUAUUCAGUAUUGCAUUUCAAUCAGGAGUUGCUGAGACACCUAUCGGUUGACGACCUAGCAAGAAGCCCAGAUCUUGAGGCGGAGACCAUUCCAGAAUCUUCAUGUACGGACAGUGUUGAAGAGCCAAUGGGUCGGUUUUCAGGCAAAGGGAAAUGUGUGGGAAAAGCGAAUCAAGAUUCUGGUUCUGGUAAUGAAAAUCGAAAAGAUAAACGCAAAUCGGAGCUCAAUAAGGCAGCAUGUAAUAAACAAGUUGAAGUAGCUCAUCAAGAAAAACGUCCUCCUACUCUUGGUAAACCACUGAUUUUAAAGGAUGACACCAUGCAGCACUCAAAAGCAAACAGACAAAUAAAAGCACUGACACCCCACAGAACAGCCAUUAAUCUGAGAUCAUCAAGAAACAAUUCAUCCAAGCCGUUAUCAAGAAAGAUCACUUCAGAAACUUCAAUGUAUGGCAGAGGUCGACUUAAUUACCCACUACCUGAUUUCUCAAAAGUGGAGCCAAGAGUUAAAUUUCCAAAAGACGAGCAAGCUUAUCAGAAGCCCAGGAGUAAGAAUGCCAAUGUGCAGGGCAAGAGAAAUGACCCUCAGUUUCUCCACCAUUCUCCUGCAGAGAUUGUCCGUCAAGUACUGCAAAGUAGCAAUGAAUGUUCACCGAUCACCCCAACCCCUUCAGGGCUAAAGGUUUUGGGAGAGUUCAAGUCACCACAGCAAGCAACAGAAAUGGUUUAUCAGCUACAGGAGGAUUAUCGCCGGCUCCUAACCAAGUAUGCUGAAGCAGAAAACACGAUUGAUCGAUUGCGGAUUGGGGCUAAGGUGAACCUCUAUGCUGACCCUCCAAAGCCAAGUCAGAGUGUCCAAAUGGCAUCACUUAGCCAGGGUUCAAAGGUUAUGACAUUUACCAUCCCACGUGCACAAAGAGCUGAAAUUGGCCCACCUUCGAAUGCCAGUAUACAAUCAGAAUGUCCCUCAGUAACAGAAAAGGGUGAAGAAAUGGAAGUUGCCAGUACAUCACGUACUACUUUGCCUUCAACGCAAGGCCCAUCUAUUGUGGAGCCUACAGCAGGGGAGUGUCUGACAUGGGCCCUAGCCCAACAGGCAGAGGCAUUGCAAAAGCAGAUGGAUGGAUUCGAAGGGUUGCUUAAGGCAAGGAAAGUGGCACCAGUUGCCCAACAAAAGGCACUAGAGAGUUUGAAGGAAGGUCAGGAUGCACUGGAGAGAGGAUAUCUACAUGCCCGAGAAGAGCAUCGUGGGCUCCAACUCAAGGAUGCCUGCAGCAACUCUUACAUUAUUGGGGAAUUUGAUCCUAACAGGGAAGUGGAAGGGAAUAUUUUUCGGCUUGGAAUGCACUUGGAGGAUCUGAAGGAACAAAUUGACCAGCGUCCAGAGAGCCAUUCCGCAACAGAGCAUGAACCCGAUAUGUCCAUAAAACCCAACUCAUGGGUAACACCUGUCCCUGUGCCUCAGACUCCAAUUCCAACCCCAUUAGCGAUGGCUCAGUCUCCAACGUCAGCCCCGCAUAGGCUUGUAGACACAGUCCAGAAUCUCAAACCUGAGAGCGCAGUUCCGAGUGCAGCACUCCAACAUAAAAAGGUCGACGUGGAGGUGAGCUCAGUGAGUGGAGAAAGUGAGGAUAGUGAUGCCAUUCCUGAAACCUUGAAACACAAGACGAUGCAACUGGAGGAUAAUUUUGACCAGCUGUUGGAGCAAUGUAAAAACAUUAAGGAUUUACCUCUUUCACUUGGCCUUGAGAGAAAGAGGGAAAACCCUGAGACUCCUCAGCUACCGCCUACUGCAUAUGCUCAGGAGAUGGGAAUGAUGGACUUAAUCCAAGAAGGAGGGAUAAAGACUUCUAAAGACAACCUGGACAAAUACAGCAGUGACACACCAGAACUGAACAAAGCAACAAUAUGGGAAACGACACUCAGUAAUGCUUUCAAGGACGGCUUCGGGCCACGACUGGAACAAGAGGAGUUGCUGCCUACAGAUACUGAAACCGGACUACGCACCAGAUUUCCCAGCUCGAAGGGAACUUCCCCUUCGCAAAAGAAGGACCUUUUUUGUCGAAAAGGCCUGACGUAUGUGGAUGGAAUUGCUUCUCCCGAAGACAUGUCUCGCAAAGCUUUGCACCAAGCCACACUAAUCUCUCUAGAGGAACGCAUUGUUUCUCCAGAGACUGACAGUGGGUUUGUGGGCUCCGAAAGCAGCAGGCUUACACCAGCAAUUCAGACUCCAGAACACCAACCCACUCAGAACAGACUUCAAAGUCAAAGGGCAAUGUCACUAAAAUCACCUUGUCAGGAUGAAAAACCUGCGAAGCAUGACCCACAGUUUCAGGAAACCCAGCAUCGAGGCAUUGCUGAACAUGAGCAGCCUCCAACGCCACGACUGAACAAUGUAAUAAGGAGGGACAGUAUUUUGCAAGCAGAUGCUUCCCGGACUAGCUCACCCCAGCAGUGGACUGGCAGCAUAAUGAGUGAGUUUGAACAGGAGACCUUUGUUAGCCCCACAGAAUCUGAACCUGAUGUUCAAAAUGGCCUCAGUGCAUAUGCCAAGCAGAGGCGCCAUCGCUCAUCUCUGAACUCCUCACCGCUAACUCUCCAUCCUAAAGUCCAUUACAGUUCCAGUCCUUUGAGCAUUCACUCAGCUAGAGAUGAGGUGAUUCAGGCUUUGGAAAUGGAGGUCUCUCAACUCAGACAGCGUUUGGAGGAGACACUACGUAAGCCCCAAAGAGAUUCUGAAAAGAAUCCAUCAACCAGACUUCAAGGCCGUAUUGAUAAGCAGCAUUCUCCAUGGAGAGCAGCAAGGAAACACACUCAGGAACAUCUGGAAAAGAUGGAGGACCAAGCUUGGAACAAAUCCUCAACAAGCCACAGCAACUCCAAAUCGUUUUCACAGCACAAGUCGGACCUAGAAAUAAGUGCUGAGUCAGAUGCAUCUUCACCUAUCCCUCAACCUGUUUCUGUUAGUCAGACGAGCAGGAGAUCUUUUUCUCGUGAAAGACAAAAACGCAGGCCUGUUAAAGUCAAAGGACCAUACACAGGCACUGAUUAUAGUUUAUUUGUGCCAUUGAGCUCAAUGGAGGGAUCUAUAGCCGGAGGAACAUUCUGCCCUUACUGCAGACAAACCCGAGCACAGAUGACUGCAAAUGUCACAUCAAGGAGUGCUCCUAUUUCCACUAGUAGCCUCAAAAUGAAUUCCUGCCCUGUAUGUGAAGGAUCUCAAACAUGCACAGACCAGAAAUUAGAAGUUAAAGCAGAACAUGCUGCUAAAGAGGAGCUCCCCAAAAGUGCAGGAAGGAGCCAUAAGGCCAGGAAGCAGCACAGUGUCCAUAUUGUUGAGCCUCCGCCGAUGUUCAGCUACAUUCCAACAGCUCACUAUGUGCCUUAUUCUUCACAAGCUUAUUAUUCUUCACCGGCCUGCACAUACGUAUCACCAGUACAGUCACGCUUCUACUAUUCACCCAAAUACAAAGUGAGAGAGUCAACCCCAACCUCUGCACGAAAGAGAUCAAAAAGCUACCGUCAGCGACCCUCAACAACAGAUGACAUUUCCUCCUUUAAUGGUGAAGCAUUUGUGCUGUCGGAUCUCAAUUGCUCUCUAGACCAGGCCAUCAGUGCAGCCAGGACCAUAAAAAGGACCACAAAGAAAAUGGUGAGGUCACUCUCAUCAGACCUCUACAAGGCCAAAGCCAUCCAAGAAUGUCACCAGUUAUUAAGUCACUGACGUCAGAGUAUUGUGUUUUGUUUGAGAUAUUCCUGUAUCAUUUAAAUACUCUUGUAAUUUACCUUAAGGGCAUCACAUACAUGCAUUUGUUGACGCACUACUUUGUGUUUGACAAGCCAGCGUGUGAAUUAUUUCUGCACACAGUUCCCUUCGGCUUGCCACCUUAUGAUGGUACGUGUUGAAAGCUGACCUCAAGCAGCUGGCUCACAAACAAAUGACUCAUGGAUCCUGGGAAAUGACGUAGGUACAUUACAAAGGGCACAGAAAGGAGUGAACGUAAUGUUCACUGUGCAUCAGUCACAUUGCAAACUCACUGAUUUCAUUCAAACAACGUGGAGAAAGUGUAGCCUUUAAGAGUCACCAACCAAAUAUUGCUAAAUAGUACUCAGAAUUCUAUUGCUUAGAUUCACAGAAAUGGAAGGUGUUACGUUAUACAGAUGGAGAAUCACCAAGAGGAAAUGAGGGCAAUUCACAAAGUGUAACUUGUGAGUCUUGUCAUUGUGGAUUAUUUUCCAAAUCAAUAUUUUUAUUCAUGCCAUUUGUUUGCAUUGUCCCAUAGUUAAAUAUCUAUGUCAUAGCUGUAAAAGAUAGCAGGCUGUUUAAUUCUCUGCCCGUUGUGACUCGCUGUCAAGUGGCAAGAUUUCCAUUACUUCAAAUCAAGAUCACCUGCCAGUCUGUGUUGUUUCAGACUGGCCAAAUGAGUUACUUGUGUCUGAAAUAAGGUGUGAAUGAUCUUCUACAUGUAUUUGGGUUGUUACAUUAGAUAAAAUCCAUUAACAGCAAGAGAGAAGUAUCUGUGCUCACACUGAGAAAUUUAUGAUCCUAAAAUGAAACCUGAUGCACAAGUGGGACAACAUAAACGUUAUUAUCUUGUACAUAUUGUAGGGUUGUUCAAAAAUUUGUUGUUUUAACUUAUGUAGUUCGCAGUCUUUUUACCUCAAGUGCCAUGUAAAUAUUCUGGAGGAACUCUGGUACUAAACUACUAUGGUUUUUAGUGACCUUAGAAAUAAACAUGCACUGAUGCAAUAGCUUGUAUCAUAGCACUGUACUUUUCCUAUUAACAAGGUCUUACACACUCUGUUAGCUGGUUGGAUAUGUUACCCAACUCUGAAAUGUUCUUUUAGUUAUUAAUCUCAGGAUAACAUGCUGCAUCCAAAAUAACAAUCUUAAUUCCAUGCUAGCCUCAUCUAUUUUCAAUAAUCAGUCUAUUUUUGUUCAAUUUAAUUUUAUAAUUUAAAUUGAAAGGAUUGGAGGGGGGUGGUUACAGGAUGAAAUAUAAACCAUUCAGUCCUGAGUGUGUGAUUGCUAAUCAAAUGAUUUCUUGCCAAUGUUUUGAAUUUUCUGAUUUACUGGAUAAAGUAUGUUUAAGGAUUGAUAGCCUGGCAAUGGAUAUCAACCCUCUGCAAUCAAGAAUCAAUAUUGUAUCAACAGCAUCUGACUGUACUGAAUCCAAUUUGGUUUGGCUAUUAUUUAUUACUGUUUAAUUAAGUUAGGGUUUUCUGUGUGUUGUAAAUCUGUCUCACAGAUAGGACCACUAAGGGAAAUUAAAUUUAGUUCCGAUGGAAAUGAGCACAUAAUCUGAAUUGAAUCAAAAUCAACAUUUGACCAUCGUACAAGUUAAAACCACUUCUGUGGAGAUUGGAAAAUCCAGACAGGUUUACGCAAUUUUCCAAGCAAACAAGUAAUACAAGCUUAAUUUUGGAUCCAGUUUUUACCAUAUUAGAGAUGAUUAUCGAAGGUGAAGUUUUUGUGCAUUUUCAGAUGUUAUGUUUCAGUCUGAAGAUUCUGAAUCUUUGCAUUCAGAUUCUGUGUCUCUUAAUGCACAUUCAAAGGUUUAAAAUCAUUGCUUCUCAGGCAAUUCCCUUUCUCAAUCUUGCUUAAGAGCCUGCAGGUUUGUAUGUCAGAGACGACUUAACACCAUUAGCUGUGGUUUAUUAUAAAUUUGCGAAAUAUUACAUGGGCUCUAUCAUUAUAUCAGACUUCAUAAAUUUGAUUUUCAUGCUAUUGUCUGCUGCAUGCACUCCACAGAAUGGUUAUGGGAAGAAUCUCUCUGUUGCUAUUCACUGGAUGAAGGCAUUACUGACAAAGCUAGCACUUCUGUCCAUUAACACAUCCCCAGUUACUUUGCUGUUUUCACUUUUUGUGUAGAAAUACGUGUUACCUUCAAGGGACCAACUUGGGUGCAGCCAAUGCAGAAAUUUCUGGGUUGUUGUGCAUUUAGAAGGAGCAUAUACUUUACUUAUUCCUAAUUGUCCUUGAAAAGAUGGUGGUAGGCUACCAUUGUGAAAGCUGUGGGUGGCAUUCUAAGUCAUUUCAGAGGGCAGUUAAGGGUCAGUCAUAUUGAUGGGGUCUGAUAUACCUAAUAUGUAGGAGCUGGUAAAAUGAUAGAUUAUUUCCCUAAUUACUUGAUCAGUGAUUCAGAUGUGUUUUUAACAACACUCUGGUAGUUACAUAGCUACCACUAGCUUGUUAAGAUCAGAUUUAUUUAAUUAACAGAAUCUAUAGCUGUCAUUGUGGGAUUUGAAUUCACAUCUCUGGAUUUCUUAAUCUCAUAAAGUAACCACUAUGUUACCAUUCCCACUGUAAUGACUGUGGAAUCUCUCCAGUGUGGAAGCAAGCCAUUCAACUCAUCGAGUCCACACCAACCCUCCAAAGAGCAUCUCACUCAAUCCAGCUAGCCAAUCUACUUAGCCUGCACAUGACAGGGCAAUUUAGCAUGGCCAAUCCACCUAACGUGCCCAUCUUUGGACUGUGGGAGGAAACCAGAGUACUCAGAGGAAAUCUGGGCAGCCCAGGGAGAAUGUACAAACUCCAUUUUGACAGUCGCCCAAGGUUGGUAUUGAACCCAGGUCCCUGGUGCUGUGAAGCAGCAACGCUAACCACUGACCUACCAUGCCACCCAAUGGCACAAUGGAAAUACCCUAGCCAGACCCUUCAUUUAGAGCUUUUAAGUGUGUUUGAACAGUAAUAUGGAGGAAAAGGUACAUGAAUUGAAUGAAAUUUUAAGCAACAAGUUAUUCCAAUGUUGUCUUUUAAAGCAUUUGAAUUGGUUCAUAAAAAGAGCAAAAUAGACUUAAUGGCUGACAGAUUGCCUGAGAAACAUGUGAUGUUCUUUGACAACUUCUUUAUUUUGAGUAACUUACUAACCACUUCUAAAGAGGAAUGCCUCUGGACUUUGCACAAGCCAGUUGAGAGAAUUUGUCUUUUAUAAAGACUUUUUUUUCAAAAUUGAAUACUUGUGUGUUUUAAGAUGUCUUGAAGUUAUGAAUGAAUGUUCACAGGCACUGUUCAAAAGUGGAGCGUGUUUUAACUUUAAGGAUAUAACUACUUGCAUGUUUCCUGUUACCAUUCGGAAUGCUGGGCAGUUUUGAGGAAUCUCAUUUGGUUGUUGCAAUUUUAUUGUAUUUUUAGGUGUUAACAACAUGUUAUAAAAUUACUGGAUUCAUAUGUUAACUUCCCUUUGACUCGCCUUUUAUAUUCAUGAAGUCUAUGAAAGGAAUGUAGUUCUUUGGGAGUUUAAGGAUUAAUGUCAGUUUGAAACCCCAAAAUCAGAUCGGGGGUAUCAUAGACUAAGCUAUCAUAUUUGGAAUUGCACUUUUCGAAGCAUUUCAGAAAUUCUGUCUGCUGAUUUUAAAUUUUGUCAAGCAUAACCAGCAAAAUUGCAGGAGAUGCCAUUGGAUGGGGCCAGAUGAACAGAGGCUCUUCUAGAUUCUAUAUAAUAUGUUUAAAUCUCGUUCACUUCAGUUUCACACUGUUUACUGUCAAACAGACCGCACAUAAGAGCAUUAUUGAACAUUAUGUUCAUCAGAAUGGAAGCCUGCGACAUACAUUGUGAAUGGAGUAUUAUUCAUUUUAUGCAUGCAUUCCAGUUACUUUUAGCAAAUAGAAUAGUUAAUUGUUCAUUUACAGCAUUGAAUGGUGUUUUAAAGUCUAUCGUAGCUAGCAAUAGUCCUAAUGCAAAUUGAAUGAACCACUAUCAAGUAUAGAUUUUACUUAGAGGAAGUAGUUUUUAUCCAAACAUGUAGAACUGACAGAAAGUAAGAAACAAACAGUUGAUCCAUUGAGCUUGCACCACACAUCAGAACAGGUAGAAUAGGCCACUAAAAGAUGCAAAUUAUUUUUCUCCAACCCCUUCAGCUGUUAAAACUAGUCCAGGAGUUCAUGUGGACCAAAUGUUAUCCAUAAAGACACUUGCCUUCUACUCUGCCACAAAGAAAGACUGGUCCAACUCCUUUUUGAAGUCAAUAAGAACUUUGCAAGAAAUAUUGGGAGUACUCUUUCCAUCCUUCCCUAAGAUUGAACACAUUAGUGUUCUAAAUUAAAGAACAACUAGAUUGAGUCAGUUAUGGUUCAGGGCUACACUUGUCAUGGACUUUGUAGACACUUAUUGUUUAAGAAAGCAUUUUUACAAGCACAUACUAUUUUUCAAAAGUUGAUGUUGCUUCUUUAGUUUGUAUACAGAAUGCAGUGUAAAAACAGUGCAUUGCAUUUUUUGUAAAGUUUGUUUGAAAUCCAACCUCUUCAGGUAAAGCUGCUAUUCUGUCCUUUUAAACAACUUCUAAGUCUUGUUUUAUUGCAGUUAAUUUUUAUCUCAGUAAGUCACUAUGAAUCUACCUGUUUUGUAAAAUCAUCCUGAAAUGUGAAUGAGUUAGUUACAAAAUCAAAUAAGUAUUUCUUUUUAAUAAUGAACACAAGCAAUAAAGAAUGUUAACUGAUCCUGGAAAAAAUAUUUUUUUAAAUAUUUAUUAUAAAUUUUGUCAUAAAUGUGUUGUUAAUUAGUACUAUUUGGCUACCUGUGCUU